AUGUCCUACGCCACGGUCUGGGUCAAUGGGGUUCUCGUCGGCGGCUGGCCGUACGGAUACGCUUCCUUCCGACUCGAGCUCACCUCCUUCCUCGAGCCGGGAGAGAACCAGCUCGCCAUCCGGAUUGACCAAGCGCUCGACUCCUCGCGGUGGUACCCCGGCGCGGGAAUUUAUCGCAACGUCUGGCUCACCAAAGUCCACACCACGCACGUGGGACAAUUCGGCACCCGCCUCACCUCCCGCGAGGUCUCGUCGGGGUCCGCCAUCGUCGACGUCGAAGUCCAGGUCGAAAACGCCGCCACGUCCGGUGGCGAGGUCGAAGUCCAGGUCACCACUGACCUCUACGAGAUUGACGCCUCUACCGGUGAGGCAGGCGCCAGCGCCGGCCAGUUCCCCAACAGCACCGCCGUCGUUGCCGCGGGCAAGAUUGUCUCCGCGAGCGGCUCCUUGACCUUGCAAGACCCCAAAUUAUGGGGACCGAAGCCUUCUCAGGAGCCGCACCUCUACCUUGCCGUCACGAGGCUGUACCUCGACGGCCAGGAGAUCGACAGCUACGAAACAAAGUUCGGCAUCCGCUCCCUCGAAUACGACGGCGACGGACUCAAGGUCAACGGCGAGCGCGUGUACAUCCAAGGCGUCUGCCAGCACCACGACCUGGGCUCCCUCGGCGCCGCGUUCAACAUCCCCGCCGCGGAGAGGCAGCUCGAGAUGCUCCAAGACAUGGGAUCCAACGCCAUCAGAACAUCCCACAACCCCCGCCCCGGAGCUGCUCGACCUCGCCGAUCGCCUGGGGUGCAAAACGAUUUCCAGACCAUUUUCGGCGACUGGUCCGAGCCCGACCUGCGCGCCUUCAUCCGCCGCGACCGCAACCACCCGUCCAUCUGGGCGUGGAGCUACGGAAACGAAGUCGCCGAGCAGCGCAGCAACAACGGCGCGUCCGCCGCCCAGAGGCUCCGCGACAUUGUUCACGAGGAGGACGACACGAGAAAGACCACCAUCGGCAUGAACAACGCCGGGCCCGAUACGCAGUUCACCUCCAUCGUGGAUCUGAUUGGCCUCAACUACCAGGGAGAGGGGAAAGGGAACGGCGGCCCCACCUUUGAGAAUUUCCGCGGCAAGUAUCCGGACAAGAUGAUUUUCAGCACCGAAAGCUCUUCCGUGGUGAGCUCGCGCGGCACGUACCUAUUCCCCGUCACGGGCGGAAACAACGCCAUCGUCGGCCAGAACGGCGCCGGCGACCGCUACCCCUACGUGGCCGGCGAGUUCGUGUGGACGGGGUGGGACUACAUCGGCGAGCCGACGCCCUACGACUCCUCGCGCAGCAGCUACUUUGGAAUCAUCGACCUGGCGGGGUUCCCCAAGGAUCGCUUCUACCUGUACCAGGCGCGCUGGAAUCCCGAGGUCAAGAUGGCGCACAUCCUCCCGCACUGGAAUUGGCCCGAUCGCGUGGGCCAGGUGACCCCGGUCCACGUCUUUUCCUCGGGCGACGAAGCCGAGCUUUUCGUCAACGGCGUGUCGCAAGGCCGGAAGAAGAAGGAGGAGUUCACCUACCGGUUCCGAUGGGACGACGUCAAGUACGAGGCGGGCGAAGUCCACGUCUUCACCUACAAGAAUGGCGCGGCGUGGGCCAACGCCACCGUCAGCACGACCGAAAAGGCCGCCAAGCUGCAGCUCUCGACAUACAAGGACAGGGACUCGAUCCGUGCCGACGGCAGUGAUCUCGUUUUUGUCAGCGUCGCCGUGGUGGACGACAAGGGCUACGUCGUCCCCGACGCCGAGCCAUCCAUCACCUUUUCCGUGCAAGGCCCCGGCGAAAUCGUCACGACUGACAACGGCGACCCGACGGACAUGGUUCCGUUCCCGUCGAAAGAGCGAAAUGCCUUUAGGGGCCGCGCGCUAGCCAUCGUUCGGGCCCAGAGCGAGGCAUCGGAGACCAUCACUCUGUCGGCAAGUGCCGAUGGUCUUGAAGGAGCUGAGAUAACCCUCACGGUAGCGUGA